AUGUCGAGCUCAUUACCUCCUGGCACCAAUCUAUGCGAAAUACCCGCGCUCCAGCCUCCUGCUGGGUAUGUUUCGAAUUUGGUUAACCCCACGACUCUAGCACCAGUCACCUGGGCUAUGUGUCUCAUCUUAACUAUAUUAUCAGUAAGCUUGGUGGUGCUCAGGUUGUGGAUGAAUAUACGGAAGCUCGAUGUGGCUGAUUAUUUUAUGGCUAUGGGAGGUGUGAUGACAAUCACAUACACCGGACUUAUCAUAUCGUUACAUCGCUAUAACCGGCAUCAAUGGGACAUUCCAGCUUGCUGGAUGGACGGGCAUUAUCUUAGGAUCAUAUUCGCUGGUACCACGAUAGUCGGCGCGGUGCUAUUCUUCCCCAAGUGUUCCAUUUUCUUCAUGUAUCGCAAAAUGUUCCCCAAGAGAUCAAUGCAAAUAGGCACUUGGAUAGGUUUCAUCUUCACCUUUUGUAUCUAUUUCCCUUCCAUCCCUCUGUCAGCUAUUUACGAAGCCCCUAAACCCGGUCAUACCUGGGACGAGCUUCUGCGGAGUCUUGCGGCUUCGAGAGAUCACACCUUGAUCUAUUGGGGUAUUGUGCAGGGGUCUUGCUCGGUCUUGCUGGAUUUGUAUAUUUUCACACUACCGCUUCCUACGUUGUUUCAGUUGACGCUGCCUUUGAAGAAAAGGCUUCAGCUUGUUGCGCUGUUUGCUACAGCUUUGAUGGGCGUCAUAGCUAGUGUCGUCGCAUUGGUCUUCCGCGUCGACCUCCUUCACAAUCAAGAUAGUACAUGGGAUCAGGCUAGAUUAGCCAUUUGCGUCGUCACCGAGAACAAUGUCGCCAUCGCAGUGGGAAGUAUGCCCAUCGUCGCCAAAUUUAUCAGGUCACAUGUAAUGACUUCAACACUCUUCCAAAGUCUGCGAUCAAAAAUCAUGGGCAGCUCGGACAGAGACGACAAUUACGGAAUAACACCAAAUGUACCCGAAGGUUUAGAUAACAAAGACCCGAACAAACGGCAGCACACUUGGAAACAUCCACAGGCGGACGAAUAUUAUGAGCUCACUGAUACUAGAGUCAAUCGAACCCAAGUGACAGCUGCGGACGAGGAGGAUCCUUCGAUGAGGCGACCCGAAGCAGUGGACGCGAGUAGAAGUGGGAUAAAUGUCGUUCGAACUGUGAGCAUUACCGAGCAAUCGAGACCUGGGAAUAAAUCACAGUCGCGAGAAAAGCUGUUGUAA